AUGACCGUCCUCUGCAUCUUCCUCUGGGGCCUGCUCGAGGGGCUCAUCGUCAAGGACUUCAUCGCAAAGGUGCCCGACAAGAUCACCUUCUGGGUCUUCCCCUUUUACGUCGUCGCGUUCGUCUCCAACGGCAACAAGCUGACGGAGAACUACUACGCGGGCCUGUACCAGCUGCGCGUGAUGCUGCGCUCGCUGGCGAGCCGCCCCGAGGCUGGCACGUACGCCUACUGCACUCUCGCCUACUGGACGAUCCUCACCGAGAUCUGGACCGUAAAGCAGCGCCCAGCAAGCCAGGGACAGAUGACACAGGCGACUUGA